UAAAUCCACACACAAGAGAGAUGCUUGCUUCUUUCUGAGCUUUCCCGGUUUGUGAGCUGGGAGCAAGAUAUGGCGCUAAGGAAACACCUUAACGAGGCGAAGAAGCGCAGCGCGGACUCCGGAGUGGAGUCGGAUCGGAGCCUCUUGAGCAAGGAGCAGAGGGACCAGCGCAUCAGUCUCUUUCUGCGGGAUUUCCAACACCAGGCAAAGGAAAACCUGCGAGAUUUGAAGAAAGAGCUGGCUUCACUUCUGCAGACAGCUGAGAAGGCAUUCCAGGUGGAGCUGCUGGCCAUGCCGGUGGUCAUGAGAAAAAUGAGGAGGGAGGACUUGAUUGAUCUUAAGGAAGAAGAAGCUGCCGCUGCCACAGUCAUCGCCACCGCCAUGGCAAAUGAUUGCUGCGCAGCAGAUAUGCCAACUCCCAGGCUGGUGAGGACCAACAGCAAACGAGUUAAGGUCACAACGAUUGUGGAAUACAAGGGAGACGAAGAAGGGAGUGGAGCCCCGGCCAGGAAACUGUCUCGAAAGGCAUUUAAAACAAAUUCUCUGGCUUCCUUGCCUUCUGCUGUAAAGGGCAAACAAGGGACUCCGUCCAGGUAAGAGUCUGCAUACGCCACUCCAAAUGGGAGAACCAUUGAGCGAUCAACCUCGAUGCGGGAACGGCCGGUGUCUGCUUCCAAGUGCAUCGCGUUGGGCUCUAAAAGAUUUCCACAAAGGGGUCUCUCCAAAAGUGCAUCUGCCUCAGAGAGAACACAGGCGGUGACGCUCCGGAGUAUGUCGAUGCCCCACGAUAGCUCAGUUCCCUUUGUCAACAUCCCUUUAUCUGAUGGAAAGACUCUCUGCUCGGCUGGCGAUGACCUCCAGAAUGUCAAUGUGGAAUUAUUGAAUGAGGACACCGUCCAGCAUAUCCACAGCCUUGUGAACCAGUUGACAGUCCUUUGCGGAAAAGCAACGGUUAAGUGAAGUUGAUGGACUCCAUAAACAACCUUUUUCCAUUCUUGGAUCUGAAUAUCCAUGAUUCCUUAUGUUUAAAUAUAGGCUUCUUCUUUUUUAAAGUACUAUUAAACUUGUUAUUUCUCUA